CCCUACCCACCCAACUUUACAAUCUUUUUCUCUCUCUAAAGAACAAAAAAGAAAAGAAAAGAAAGGGAAAAACCAGCUGGGCAGCGGUAGUGUAUGCCUUUAAUCCUGGCAGAGGUGAGAGUGGUGUACACAUAGAGUUCCAGGUCAGGCUCCAAUGCUACAUGGAGAUGCCAUGUCUCAAAAAAACAAAGGGAAAAACCCACAAAAAUAAAAAAGCAGAUACCAAAAUAUACAAGCAAAACACUAAUAAGUCAAAAACAUGUCCAAACAAAGCAAAACUAAAGUAUGAAAAUAGCAUUGAGUUUGUGUUGUCCAACUUCUCCUGGACAUGGUGCCUGCUGUGACGCGUGGUGAAUUUACCCAGUGAGACUCCACUGGGAGAACUGCUUUUCCCUUUGCCAUCGGCUGUCAGUUGCAGAUAGCUUCUUAGUUAGUGGUGGACUUCCAUCCACCUUGAACCUGUACAGGUCAUGCGUACGUUGCCAGUCUCUCUGAGUUCGUAUGUGCAUUAAUCUUGCUGUGUCUGGAGGACUCUGUUCCUUAGAGCUGUCCAUCACCUCUGGUUCUUACAGUCUUUCUUCCUCCUUUCCCACAUCGAUCCCUGAGCCUUGAGGGGAGGGGUUGAUGAGGACAUCCCAUUUAGGACUGAGUGUUCCAAAGUCUCACUCUGCACAUUGUCCAGUUGUGGGUCUGUUAGUUCCCACCUAUUACAGGAAGAAGCUUCUCUGAUGAUGGCUGAGUGAGGCACUGAUCUGCAUCUCAGCCUGGUGUAGCCACUGGGGGUCUUUGAGUAGAAAAUGUUUGAGUAUGGGCAGCUGACACAAAGGAAUGGAGAUGGGCUAGAAGAGAAGGCCCCAGAAUGACUUUGAGAGUGAUGACUGGUUCAAGUAAAGGAAACCUACAGAAAGCAUCCCCAUGCGGUUUGCAGCAGAAGAUGCAGGUUUCUGUGACAACUGAAGAGGUGACUGGGUGUUCCCCCGAGCAACAGGAAGGCAGCCCCGAAGACUGGCAGAAGGAACUCUGCAAGCAUGUAGUAAAAGAGACCCAUGAGGUGCUAGGCUCUCUGGGAACAGGCCAGCUGGAAUCUGCCCCGAGUGUUCUUCCCUGGAUCAAACAAGAGGAAGAAGCAUACGAGAAGAACCUUCGGGAGACAACCCAUGCAUAUCUAUGCUCAGCAGAAACCUGGCUAGCUAACAAGAACAGGAACCUGGAAGGAGAGUCUGUGGUACAGGAGCCAGCCUGGGCAACUGAAGGGAGACCCCACAAAGAGGACCUUGAGAGAAGAACCUGUGGGGAUCUGCUCCCUGUCUUCAAAGAGAAAGAGGUGUCUUCCCUCCCCCAAGGCUCUCAGAGUCAACCUGAGUCAACUGAGGCCACUGACAAUGGCCCGAACUUCAUUGUCAAAGAGCUCAGCACUGAGCACGAGCACCCACACCAUGGAUCUCAGCCCUUUGCCAGUCUCCAGUGCCCCCAGAGUGCCACACAGCAGGUCACUCUUACCAGGAACCGUUGUGCACCCACAGCCCCUCGUGCCUACACCUGUGUCCAGUGUGGCAAGAGCUUUGUCCACCAGUCAACACUUACCACACACUACCGCACACACACCGGAGAGAAGCCUUACAAAUGUGCUGAGUGUGAGAAGCGAUUUGGCCGCCUGUCCACACUGCUGGAGCACCAGCGCACCCACACUGGAGAGCGGCCCUUCCCAUGUGCACAGUGUGGCCGCCGUUUCGGGCGCCUGUCCACACUGGUGGAACAUAGGCGCACACACACGGGUGAGAAACCAUUUCCAUGCACCCAGUGUGACAAGCGUUUCACACGCCUGGCCAACUUGACAGUGCACCAGAGUGUGCAUUCAGGUGAGCACGCUUUCCAGUGUACCCAGUGUGGCUCAUGCUUCACGCACAAGCCCAGUUUCCUACGACAUCUACGCAGCCACUCUCAGGAGAAGCGCUUUACCUGUGGCCAGUGUGGCAAGAGCUUCACCUGUCGCUCCUGGCUGGUGCGCCACCAGGGUAGUCACGCCCGCUCAGCCUCCUCUGCUUAUGUGGCUUGUGAGAAGAGCUCACCAAGCUGUGAGUCAUCUGCAAGUCUCCUUAAAGGUGCAGCCAGGGGAAAGUUUUCCAGUGAGCCUUCUGCCUCACUCAGAUCCAAGGACAAUAAGACCAGUCAGGACCACAAGGCAUAUGGCAGAGGUCAGCAGCUCAGUGACCAUGGCCAGGAAGGUCUGAUGGGGUCUCUGCAUAGUUGUCUGUCUGUAAAGAUGGAGAAUGCAGGUUAGCACCCAGAGAAUUCCCUAGUGAGGCCACACGAGGCUUCUGGGUCCCUUUGAUCCAAGCUGUCUCUCCUAAGGUGCACUUUCUUGGUUCAGAUGUGUGGUACCUGCCAUCUGCUAGACUUCCCAGGGAAAGGUUUUCUCCCGUGGACUGCAGGUGCUAAGUGGCCCUGAGAUUCUUACUGCAGGGAAUGUUCCUCCACCAUAAGUUGUUGCAGAAACAGAGUUGAAGGGAAGAAUGAAACAUGAGUGUAUCUGCCAGCAGCAGCAGAGUCCUCUGAGAUCCUGGUGGCUCCUAUCACCAUCUCAGCAGUUUAGGAAGCAACAUGGGCUUUUCACCCUUCAAAGUGGCUGGCCAGUUAGGAAUGCUACAAUUUUGAAAAGUUGAGUUACUCUGCUUCUGUCUGAGCAACUCAAGCUAAUUUCCAAGAUUUCCCUAGGACAGGGCUGGGAAUGCGACUGAACCGAGUGUUCAUCUAGCAGGCAUGGAUGCAGUCGUGGUUAGAUCCCCAGCAUCAAAUUAUACUGGCCAUGGUGGUCAUGUACAUACCUGUAAUCCUGGCAUUCCUGUUGAUGCAAGAGGAUCAGAAGUUCAAGGUCAGUUUGGCUACAUGUGUCCCUGUUUACAUAAAAUACCCUUUGGGAGUUCAAAGCUCUAAUAGAUGCCAACUCCCCCAUCUCUCUCAUCAUCCAAUAACUGCAUGCACAUUCCCAAGGACUCUCACUGGAGGGGCUGGGACUCUGUGUCCCCACUUUGGAGGAAUGUGGAUAGACAGAGCUGUGCUGCUUGCUGUGCCCUCUGGGCUGUGUCUGCAUCUGGGAGUGGUUUUUACUGAAAAUCUGGGAUUUCCCAUACUCAAAACCUAUAAAUAAAGGUAUUUAUGAAGCA